UGCUGCUUCUAAAAAAGUUCCCUGGGAAUCAGAGCUCCUUGUACAUUAAAGAGGUUUCGGAUUUCACAGAGAAGGAGCACACACUUUUUUUUUUUUUUUGAGUAAAUCCCAGAUUUCUGGGAAAAGCAGUAAGGGAGGGAGGAGAAGAGGGAGCUGGGAAGUGACUGGCAGCAGGGAUUGGAGCUCGCAGGAUGGAAGCCUUCUGUGUAUAAACCUGGGCACUGAAUAUCUGCAAGAAAUGUGCUCUGCCGGAUAGUACGGGGCACCGAUGUACAAGUCUAGAAGUCUGCCUCCGUCAAACAGCAGCUUCUCACUAGCACCAAAGCCCUGGAGAUAUAGGAGCAGUCCUUGAAGCUGAACGUUCGGAGAGGAGUGUGACCCAAGGUGUCUUCUGGGGCUGCAUAUCUCUUGCUCAAUACAGUGAAACGGGACUGACUGCAUGUUGGGACUCAGAAGAAGUGUCUCUGGAGACAUGGAAGCUGCCAGAGCGCUACUAGCGUUACUCCUGUCAUGGAUCCUGAUGGUGGAGUCUCAGAACCUGAUUAAAAACAGCAAAGAACAGAAGCUGGAAGGGCAACUCCUCAUCAGCGAGGUGAAUUCAGAUAACCCCGGACACGACACUGCCGAAUUCUUAGAGCUCUAUCACACAAGUGGGCAAAAUGUCUCUCUUGAUAACUACACAUUAGUUUUUUACAAUGGUAAAACCAACAUGGCGUAUAAAGUGUUAAAUCUAUCAGGGCGAUCCACAGAUAAGAGGGGAUUUUUCUUAAUUGGAUCAAUUGGGGUGAGCCCUAAGCCUGCCAUUAUUCUGCCCACUAACACUAUCCAGAAUGGGCCUGAUGCCAUUGCUCUAUAUUUCGGGAAGGGGCCCUACAAGGAGAAUAUGAGAGUGACCCGUGAAGGCUUAGUGGAUGCCUUGGUACAUAAAGCAAAGAGCACAGAUCAGGCCGAUGUUCUGCAAAAGGUUCUCACCCCUGGGGCGGAAGCAUUUCUGGAGGACGCCAGCUUUCAUACCUCGGAUGAGUCCAUCGGGCGGUGCUUGGAGCUGGAUGGACAGUGGAAUUUUAAAAUGACACACAUUUCUCCUUGGAAUCCCAACUUCUGCAAAGGUUUCCCAGAAAUCAUGAUCAAUGAGGUUCCCUCUCCCUUUGCACAGGAUCUGUAUAUAGAGAUCAAGGGUCCCCCAUCUACUCUCCUCUCUGGCUUGGUGCUGGCCUUUAUCAGCGGCGAGUCCAAUGAGAUCUACUACUCUACGGACAUUAGAGGUCUGACUGGCCGCAAUGGGCUCUAUUUGCUUGAAGGUGAAAAACACGACAAUCGGGCCCAACAGACGCUGCCUGAUACCGUGCGCUUGAUGGCUAAGGGUGGGGGUGCUGUGGCCCUCUACCUGGGGAAGAGCAGCAGGAUCCUACCCAAGACCCCCUUUCCUACCAAUGGUUUGAUCGAUGCCUUAGUGUACACUGAUUAUGAGGGUACGGUUUCCCAGCCCCUCCAAGAGCUGACUGCGGGGCGUCCCAUUAUUUACUGGCAGCAUGGGAAUAACAGCACUGCUGCAAGCCGCUGCACUGGGCCAGAAGGCAAACUGACUGCCUUUCUGCUUACAAACAGUACUCCGGGCCAGGCCAAUGACUGCAGGCCAGAAAGUGUCCCCGAUGAUGUCCACCUAUGUUUUAGGAUAACAGAUUGUACCGUGUGGGAGGGGGAAAAUGUCAUCUCUGAAUUCCAGGCUGCUUUGGUUCAGUCGCUGCAAUCUCUCUGCCAGUGUAAUGUCUCCUCCAGCUCCUUCAUAGAUGCAAGGCUUACCUGCGACUCCACUUUGCUCACGCUUCACAUGCAACUAAAUGCCUCGCUGACCCUUCAGAAAGCUGAUUUUCAAGAACUUCAACAACAUUUUGUGAGCUCAGGAGACACUGUCAUUGUUGGUGGCAGAAAUGCCACGGUGCUGCCAUCGUGUCUUCCACUUAUUGCCUCUUCCACAUUACCCUCGGCUACAGACCCUACUACGGAAGGACCACCUACUUCAGAGGCCCCAGCCUUGUUGAUCAAUGAGGUCAACCCCAAUACACCGGGUGCAGCUGAAGAUAUGGAAUAUAUUGAGCUUUAUCACCCAGGAGGUAGCUCCUUCAGUCUGGAUGGCUACUGGCUGGUACUCUACAAUGGGAAGAACAACUUGGCUUAUCUUGCACUAGACCUUAAAGGCAACCAUACUAAUACCCAUGGUUACUUCCUGGUGGGUAGCAAUAAGUUAAAACCUCUUCCUCACAUCUCGUUACCCUUCAACACCAUUCAGAAUGGAGCAGAUGCAGUGGCUCUGUAUUACCGCCCAGCAAAAGGAUACAAAAAGAAUAUGGAGGUGACGGCUGAGGGACUGGUGGAUGCCAUUGUCUAUGUGUCCGAUGUGGGCGAUGAUGCCAAGAGAUUAUUAAAAGUCCUUGCCCCAGGGCAGGAGGCAGUCCAUGAGGAUGAAAGAUUUCUUCUGCAAGAUGAGUCUCUGAGCCGAUGCCAUGGGCUGAUUUUAAAGGACCAAUCCAGCUUCCAGGUCACCAAGAUUACUCCUCUAGCAGAUAAUGACUGUCCAAAAGCAGUUCCCUCCAGCCUUCCCUCCGUGACUCCUACCAUGUCUGAGUCUUCUCCCCCAGUUCCUUCCAUCCAACCAAUGUCUAUUGUGAUUAAUGAGGUUGGCUUGUCCCAUGGCCGAGAGCUGUACAACUUCAUUGAGCUAAAAGGGCCACCGGGAGGCAAACUGCAUGAACUUAUUAUUGUCCUGUAUGAUGUGGAUGGGAAGGUAUAUGAUCGGUUUAUGCUGCAAGGCAUGCUGGGUCUGAGCGGAAUCUACGUGAUUGGCACCAACAGCACAUCGAGUGAUCAGCUUCUCCAAUUGUUGUCUCGUCCCAACCCUCACGUCACACAGGCCUUGGCUUUGUAUAGGGGCACCCUGGAGAGCUUCCCAUUGGGCAGCAGCAUAACCCAGAAGGGCCUUCUGGAUGCAGUUGUGCACUCGUGGGAAGAUGGGGCAGAUGCUGAAACUCUGAGGGACUUAAGCAAAGACAGGAUAACAUUACAUGUUGAGCAGAGGUUCUUAUCUGUCAGUCGGUGUCUUUAUGGUAAAGGCUCCCAUAGAUCAAUGCUGCUUCCUGUUCCACAUCCCAGCCCUGGCACUGAGAACCUGUGUCCCACCAGCAUCGCGUCAUUGCAACUGGAUUUCUGCAUGAAGGACUCCAGUCUAAAUUGUUCAGAGUUGGAGCCAGCAGAGCAGAAGACAAUGAACAGCCUGAAGACCACCCUGAGCCUGUCCAUGAAAAACCACUGUAAAACAGGCUUCACUCCUCCAUCCUACAUACAAGAUUUGCAGCUCACAUGCGCCCAGAACCAACUGUCCAUCUCGGGCAACAUUUUGACUUACCACAAUGACCAACAGUGCAUCGAGAGCUGGAAUGCUGACCUUCUCACUCAUCCAGAGCCAUUCAAACUGCAAGAGAGAUCUCUAGAGCCUCUUACCGCUUGCCUAGUUCCAGAGAAGGUGCAAGGGACCUUCAGGACGUGGCACAUUUCCCUUCUCAUCGUGCUCUUCCUCUUGUUGUUAUUUGGCGCAGUUGGGCUUAUACUUUUCUUGCGGAAAAGGCGCCCCCAGAACUACACCAGCAUUGAAAUGAAUCCCCACCUAGAACUCACAUAUGAAUACUAAGAGAACAAGACGUGGCUAAAAGUUGAAGAUCCCCUAGCAAUGACAAUGGCUGCAUUGUGUUUGUUGAGAAACGCGCUACUGCAAAGGGGGACUUUUUAUUCAUGUUAUAAAUCAGGGCUCUGAAACCUACAAGCUGGCUUGCUGAUCCACAGCAGUUGGCAAAAGUGGUGUUGCUUGGAGGCAAAUAACACAGCAGGGGUGUUCUGGGGGAGUUAAUGAGUAAUGGUGGCUUUGGCUAAUGUAAGGGACCUUAUAGAGGCUCUUGUACUGAAGGCAGUAGCUUGGCAGUGCCAAAUUCAUAUUGAUGUGCACUUUAAGAAUGUCCAUUCCCUUUGAUUUUGCUUAUAGAGAAGAAUGUUCAACUUUUCAUGCUACAUUUCUAAAGCAUAAGCUUUGGUUCACUCAGAGUGUGGGACUAUACGGCAGAGGGAGGUACUUGACAUUCAGAAUGAUACGUUUUACCAGGAUCAUGCCUUUCUGUAGCUCCCCAUUCUCUGGCAGGUACUAUGGUUAUGCACCUUUAAUAAUAUGGUUCCAGAUUUUCCUAGUAACAAGCAAUAUUGCCAGUGGCUGCCGGCUCUCAAGUUGGCACAUUCGAGUCAGCAGCCUAUUGGCUUCAAAGUGAUCCUGUCAUUGGGGCUUUCUAAAUAUUGAUAAGACUGUAUAGAAAAUGCCAGGGUGGCUUUAGGCCCCAAGCCUGCACAAUCCAAUCUGAUCAGCUUGUUUUGGUGAACCGCUUUGGUGAACAAAACUGGGCAUUAAUCUGAAUGCUUGGCAAAACAAGUGUAUUCUAGUCCUACUGUAGGGCAACUAAAGAGUAUAAAUACACCCAAGCAAAUUAUUUUGAACCUAUUUUCUGGUGGUUUCCCUAACCAACAUGAAUAAUGUUUUCUUUUUCCACUUUGAAACCACAUAUUGACCCUCAAUACUUCAGUACUGUUUUGUAACUUCUAAAGAGCUGUGACAGCUCUGGGUGCAGGGUGCCUCCUACUUUGGUCAAUAAUUGCCUUGAGUCAGCACCCUAUUGGUCUGUGCAAGGGUCCUCAAUAAUACAUACGCGAUAGUGUUAGAUAAUUGAUUGCACUGGGCAGAAAUUCCUGCUGGCUGAGAACCUCAUUGGGUGGUGGAAGGGGCCAAUGGCUGACGGCACACAAUGUGCCAAUGGUGUGACACAGGGACGAGGCUGCUUCCGAUGAAUCGCACCCGAUACAUUGAUUGUUCGAUACUGAAAAACUGUUCCAAAAGCCAUGUUUUGUUGUUGGAAAUGCUUUUUAUAUGGAAUUUGAGAAUUUGAAAAGUUUUGUUUGCAGAUUGUCAGAUUUUUUUAAAUAAAGUUGAAUUUACUUUUGUAUAUAAAAACUGUGGAAAGAGUUCUUUAUCCAACAUAUCGCCAGUUGGAAAUGACACCAAAGGACAUGAAGGGUUCCCCAUAACGGCUGAGAGCGUGCUCGCUUGCCAUCAGUGCAGUUACAGAGCUGCCCACUAGGGGCAAAACUCCAUGUUAGACUUUGUAGGAUGGUGCAAGUUGGAUGUAGCCACAUGAGUUAAAAUAUAAUGGGACUGAUGUGUAAACUACAUGAAAGAUCUGCCAGCCAACACGACGCGCCUGUCGGAAGGGAGAGCUGCACGAUGUGCCUUUAUGCGACAAGAUAAAAUCUGAUGGUGCCUGACAGACUUUUCUUUCUCACUGAAAUACACUGACUGUCGGAUGUAGAUGAAGGAACAAUACCCACCAUCUGACUUUAUCUGAUCCGACUUUACACUUCAGCCUAUGGGGAUCAAGUGUUUUAAGAUCCUAUAAAAUCUCACGCUGUUGCAUGACUAGAUCAGAAAGAAUCUAAUGAAAAUCUCCCAUGGAGUUUAGCCUAUAACCAAGGGUAGCCGCAGGAAAUACUGGGACAGGAUAUUUAUCAAAGGUAAAUAUGUGAAUUUUAGAGGUUUUUUUAAUUAAAAAUUUUACCAAACUCAAAA